AGCCCCCGGGCCCGCCCGGGUCCCGCUUCGUUGGGGGCCUCGGAAGGGCUCCUCGUCCGGCCCUUGCUGCAUCCUCCCGGCCGGGGCACCUCCGAGGACGCAGCCUCCUCCCCUCUCCGGGCCGCCUGGUCCGCUGCCCUCCUGGCCGGAGACUUCUUGCCCGCGUCCAGCCUCAGCUUCCCCUGCUGCAGCGCGAGCCCGUUGCUCCUUGCCCUGGCAUCUGCCGCCACUGAGAAAACCAGCGGUGCUCAGCCCUGGACAGCUUGGAGGAGGCGGCCCUUGGAAAACGCCAGCUCGGAGUUUCCACUCGUUUUUUUGGACCACAGAGCAAGACUCGAGCUGCUUUUUCCAGAGGCAGAGAGCCCAGCCAGACCGCAGCUCUCGCAUGCCUCUUCGCAGCCUCCUGCUUGGGUUCAUCGCGAGUCGUGUUUGCCAACCCGAUGGGGCUGACCCCCCGCAACCCCCUUGAAAGGCUCUCGAGGCAUCCCGGGUGAACCACGGCUUUAAACUAAAGAGAUUUGGACUCGGAGAAGAUCUGUUCUCUCUUAAGUCUUUGGAAAAAACUGGAAAGGGCUGUGCUGGCAUUCUCAGAAAUGGACAAUCCUGGGCCUCAUGUCCAAGAACUUAGGAAUGACGAGCUGAAAGAGGCUGGGUGCAAAGAAGAGAGCAUGUUAAAGAUAGCAGCUUUCUGGGACCCAUGGGCUCUUUGAGAGAUGAUCAGAGGGAGGCCGGAGGAUCUGCAGAACACACACCGGGGCAUUCCUCAUCCGCAAAGGCAGCAUCGGAGCACUCUCCCUGCCCCAGCAUCAUCCAGGUUACCCACACACUACCGGGUUUUUCGCAGCUGUGAGUGGGAGGUCCUGGAGCGAUCACUCAAUAUCUUACAGGCCAGCGGCUUCUACUGGGGUCCCUUGUCUGUGAGUGAGGCGCAUGCCAAGCUACAGCAGGAGCCAGUGGGGACCUAUUUGGUGCGGGACAGCGCUCAGGGGAACUUUCUAUUCAGCCUGAGUGUUCGGAUGCCGUCGGGCCCAGUCAGCCUCCGGAUUUCCUUCCAGGAGGGCUACUUCUGGCUCAGGGACUGGUCCUCAGACUGCGUUGUUACGCUGCUGGAGAUAGUGGUGGCAGGAACUCGGGCCAACCCUAUCCAUUUUGAUGAGAUGGGGGGAACCCCCCUGGUGUUCGCUGAACCCCUGCGCAGGCCACGCAGGACUGUGCCCACAUUGGAAGAACUCUGUCGUCAAAGUCUGGCUGCUCACACAGAGACCAGAGAGUGCGCAGGAUAUGCAAGCACAGAGAUGUGUAUAAGGGGGGCAGUUCCUUUUAAUUGUGGGAGGGGGUGGACCAGGGUGCUACCCAGAACCCGAUGCCUACAUGGACAGGGAGAGAAGUGUGUGCAUGUGGCAAACCAAAGUAAGCACCCCUAACAUGGACACAUGAAUUGGAUCCGUGACAUUUUAUGGGAGUGUACGUUCUGCUAGGGGAAAGAUAAAAUCUGCUGACUAUGGGAGCUGCACAUCAGUUAGCGACGUUUAUAACCUUUCCCUGUGGUAGAGUAGAACUGCCUCUCAACCACAGGGGGAUCCUCCAGCCCAGCACUUUAUUCCAGUUGUGACUGCAGUGCAUAAGCUUGAGAAGCAGGGUGAGACGUCCAUCCUUCCAGUUCACCCUCUUCCUCCUACCUUCCAAAGUGCCUAAGCUAAUUCUUGCUGACCAUCUACCCUCAUGAAAAGGUCCAACUGAAUUUUAUACUUGGACAAGUGUCAGUUCAGUGCGAGUAUGCAUAGAACUCCUACGCUGAUCUGAUACCAAAGCAGCUCGGCUGCAUGUGUGGGAGUGAGACUUCAUGACCAACAGCCUUCCCUUCCCUGCACCACAGAAGCAUAAUACAUGCCAAAAACCUCUCUGAUAUUUGCACUGGAGCAAAGAAUUGUAGGAGUAUACAGUAGAUACAAGGUUCCUCCAGCUUCUGCAUUGUUUUAUUGGAAGCUGGACUGCAGGGCUUCAUUUCUUUUGAGUGUAGGUGGGAUGUAUUCUACUUGGAUCAUAUUAUAUUUCUAUCAGCCAAAUCUUGGUUUGUAGAAGUCCUGCUUGUUGGAUUAUAUGGGCAGAUAUGCUUAAAGCACCAUCUUGUAUACUCUUCUGGUGGUAUACUGCUGCCCUCUGCAGGCUGUAAAAGAAUGCUCUCAGGGUUUAGGCUUUUGUCUUCGAGGCAGAGGAGAGGGCCUUAUAAAAAAAACAAUAAAUACAUUAAAAAAACACCUUCAUACUAUUUUAAGUCCUUUUCCAAAACAACAGGGCUCCCAGAAAAUGUAAGCAUUCCCCUGCAGUGUUGGAAGCGCAAAGCUGCUAGCAUGCGAGAAUCAGAGUUAAGUUGAUUAACUUGAGUUUUACUGUCAAGGCCAGUUUGAACACGCAAAUUGGCAUUGAUUUGAGAGAAGUGAAUUUACUUUUUAUUUUUCAGUGGAAUAAUCAAAGGUGUUUUUCAAAACACAGGUACUAGAGGGGAGGGUGUUUUCUUAAUAUGAUAGGUCCUCCAUUUUGAACCAUUGUUUACUGCACUGAAAGGCAAGCCAGGUGCUUGAUGGAACAGCUAGUGGGGAAUGCUGCGAAGUGUCUGCAGUAUAGAAACAUGGUGACAUAACUGAUGAGGGUGAAAGAGAACUACAAAAAUAUAUAUUGUAUAGAAGCUUGGUUCAUAUCAGUGAUAUCAAAUUUAAGUUAUGCCUCUGAAAUAUGCUUGGACUUAACCAGGAGUGUCCAGAGGUGAGGAAUAUUUUCUUCCAAGUAGCUAGAAAAGGUCCUUCCCCUUCCUCCCCCACUCCUCUCCCCAGUGUUAUUAUAACUAGUGGUUCAAAUCUUGGGCUUCUGAUCACUUCAGAGUGAAUAGUGGCCUGCAGGCCCCCUCCCUCCCACUUUUUUUAAACCUGUGAAAUUAGUACAGGGGUGGGCAAUUAUUUUGGCUAGAGAGCCACUUAAUGAGUUUUGGUGUCCUCUUGAGGGCCACACUUAACCCACCCAGAGCUGUAGCACACUCCAAUCCCUUCCCCAACCCAGAACCUGCUAGCCAUGCCCACAGUUUAUGCCACCACCCACCUGGUGUGGAAGCAGCUCCUGAUGGGUGCUGGCAUCAGCUGUGGACAUCGCUGGCUGGUUCUGGGUGGGUAUCAGGGCAUCUACCAGGUCCACAGCUGACUGUUGUAUCGGCGCUGGGCGGAAGCAGUCCUACCUGCCCACCUGGCAUGAUGGAAACAGCCCCAACUGUCUGGCAUCAGGUAGAUCACAGGCUGGAUCCCAUGAAUUGAUGGCUGGCCACUCAUGGGCCAGAUAUAAUCAGUUGGCGGGCUGGAUCUGGCCUGCAGGCCAUAUUUUGCCCAACCCUGAAUUAGAAUGUCUUGUUUGUCAACAGCACAACCAAAGCAUCUAGGCUGUGGGAGGGGACUGGCUGCAAAACAGAUGGCCAGGAAGCUAGACCAGCAGGAUACCACUGCAGUCAUAUUUCGUGCCUUUUGCAGAACUCCUAGGCCUGUAAUGCUAGCAUGUUAGGGGGGCCUUGGGCAACACGUCCACAGCAGGAGCACUUCACUGGUGUUUUAUGCCAGCAAAAUCCUCCUAAUACAGAUGCAGCUGUACUGGCAAAGUUGCACUUUUUUUACUGAUAAAGGAAGACAAACCACCUCCUACAAACAAAAUGGUUAAUACUGGUAAGAGUGCAGUUUCUUUGGUUUCACUGUGUCCUCAUUAGAGGCCACUGAUAGCUCAGCUUUGUCUGGAAAUCUCACCUCUAGACGAUUUGAAAUCUGUAGCGUCACCCUGGCCUCUGGCACUUUCUGAACAACUCCCUGACCUAUGGAUGCCACACUGCUCUGUUUUGUGCUGUACGUUCUCCCACACUCCUCACUUCCCUUAAAGACAGAUAGCAAAUAGUCCUCCCUGCCUGCACGGCAUUUCACUCCCUUCCUUUUUCGCCCACCACAAAUACAGUGCUUGAGGUAUGCAGCUGCAUUUCUCAGUCAGGAACUGACUGACUUCUUUUCAGUUAGUAACUAAGCACAGGAAUGCUUCUGUUUUUAUGAUGGUGGUUAUACCAUACAGGGGAAGAGCCAUCCAACUGGAUUGCUUUGACCUGUCUGUGAACUGUUCUUACUUUAGUUUUAAAACAAGCACGUUGGGUUUGUGCAGCUAAUAGCACUGGAACCAUUCCACUGUUAAUGGUCAGGGUUGCCCUCUCUGAAAAUACACUAACAGGGAAGAAAAUAUUUUAGCUUUUAAUAAAGUGAUGUUUUUGUAUUCUUUCUCUUGUUUUUGUGCUUGAAACUAAAAUUGUGCAGCAUGCCUUCAUCUCUGUAUCACAAAUAACUUAAUUCCUGUAUAUCCCCUAGUAAAUUGGCUUGAAUUCUGUGGGUAAAAAGCAACUUGUCAGAGCUAAGUAUUGUUUCGUAGUUAAAGCUUAAAAUGAGAGUGCUGUUUGUGUUUGGCCCUGAUAAUAUGAAGGAAAAGGUAACUUGAAUUGGAUGAUGGAGUGAAGAAAUCCAUUUUGGGAGAACUAAGAUGUGAAGAACGUGUUGCAAAACCUUUUGAUUCCAAGUUGCCAGUGAUUGUUCCUUUUUUGUCUUUUUUUUUUUUUUUUUUUUUUUCAGAAUUAUGGGGAGGAAAAAAAAAACUAUGGGAGAAACAUGGACUACAUGUAUAAAAACACAGUUGUUUACUGAUGGGAGGAUUUAAACUUUUGUUUCUGUAAA